AUGAGGACCGGGACGAAGACGACGCGCGCGGCGCGAGACGUCGCCGUCGUGGGACCGCGCGACGACGCGGCGCGGACGCUGAACAGGACGUAUCUCUCGUCCAAGGCGGCGCGCGCGGGAGCGGGCGAGGAAGAGGCGUGGACGCGUUGCGUCGUCGACCGCGUGGAGGCGCGGUCGAGAAGUCUCGUGCUGCGAGUGAUCGACGGGUCCGAUAGAGUGUUCCCGAUUUUCGCGGAGACGGAGAGCGAUGAACGGGCGCUGGUGCGAAUCGUGCACGUGCUUCGUCGUAAGCGCAAGGGAUCUGGGGGGCUCGCGAGCCGGGAUUGGACGCUCGCUCCUCAAAUUUUGACGUGCUCGAUUUCAGUCGACGCCGACGGAUUGCGAGCGAAGCUCUCGAAAAAGCUCCCCGUCUUGGCGAGCGCGCUGAUGACGGACAGCGACGUUGACACGUACGACGAAUCGAACGUUCCGGUGUUUCAGGCGUUGCGAGAGGCGAUCGAUCCGCGCCAGUCACCGGCGUUGUACUUGAGCUCGAGUGCGGUGGAUCGCUUGUGCUUUGACGGUUCCUGGCGAUUGACGUACACGCCCGGAAUGGCGUGCUUGCGACGCGCUGCGUUCACGUUCGGUGGUGCGCUUCUCGCGUCACAUGUCUAUCGCGCAGAAAGAGAGAUCGUGCUGAAACGUAAGGCGCGUAAGGAUGAAGAGGUUUGGAUUUUGACUCACACCUUGAUCUCUCGAGAAACCCGAGUACUCGACCACGUAUUAACCCUCAGAGUCAUGCUCGCGUGCUCUGUUCGCGAGGAACGCGCGCUGCGAAUGAACAAACGUGAUACUGUCGAUGACUUUGUGAAUCGGCUGCGGAGUCAAAACGCGGGUUCGCAAGCGAUCGCUCGGAUGAUAGAUGGCGCCCUUCCCGGAUCGAUUCGAGAUCGCUCGCCUGGAUUCUGGAUGUUGGCGUACGAAAACUUUGUUCUGGACGAAGAUUACGAACGAGCCGCUACCGCGCGUGAUGUGUUAAACGAGCUCAACGUUUUUGUGGACGAAGAAGGUGCGUUUGAUUGA